AUGUCAUCAGCUUCCUUUAAAGAUUUGCCACACACUCGAAUUAUCUAUUCACAGCCAAUGAUUUCUAAUAGAGCAAGCCUACCAUAUAAAAACCUUAAGCCUCUUCCUCUCAAAUUAAAUGAGCCUUUGCAUGAUUUUACCUUGAACUCUACCCCAUCCACAAUAAGCUGUCCUAAAAGCCCUUUUAGCUCAUUGCCAAUUUCUCAUAAAAGCUCUUUUUAUGAAAGUCCUACCAAACUAUGCUCAUAUAAAAAUAGCCUUAUAAAGCCAAGCUCAAGCUGCACAAUUUCUCCGACUAUUUUUACUAUAGAAGUCUCUGACAGGUCAAAUACAUUUUUGAACACUUUUAAAUUUCCGAUAUCUAAGCAAGGGUCAAAUUUAUUAAAUGGGUAUGUUGUAAAAGAACGCACAGAUUUAAUUAAUAAUCAAAAAGAAAAGAAAUUAGCAAGGCUAUCUGUGAAAUAUAAACCAAUGCAUAAAAAGAAAAGCAUAAUGAGCCCUGAGCCAUUUCGAACCAAAACAAGUAAGCAAAUAAGCGAUCAUGAGGUCAUAGAGAAAUAUAAAAAUUCGUUUCCUGAGAGAAAAGAAAAAUUUAUGCAGCUUUUGAAUAAUGAGCCUUACAUAGAGUAUGUAAAAGCUUCAAAAAAAUCCCAUUCUUUAGGAUAUCAUGCAAAUUAUAUAUCGAAGCAAUCAAAAUUUUUCAAUUAA